UAUUGUGUGAAAUAUUUGCUUUUUUUUAUAAAUGAAUAUUUAUGUUAGAAAAAAUAACCAAUGUUGAACUGUGAUUUUCAUAUUUAUUACGCUUUGUGUAUUUUCACUUCAAUUUUCCCUGUGUUUGGUGUUGUUAAUGUUAAAUGGCUGCCGAAGAAAAAUGGUAUUUUGCCAAAAAGCAAUUAGAAAAUUCACCAAGUCGAAAAUGUGACAUUGACAGUGAUAAGGAAUUAUCAUACAGACAACAGGCUGCAAAUUUCAUUCAAGAUGUAGGCCAACGAUUACAAGUAUCACAAUUAUGCAUAAACACGGCAAUCGUAUAUAUGCAUCGUUUUUAUGUAUUUCACUCAUUCACACAAUUCCAUCGUUAUUCGAUGGCAUCAGCUGCUUUAUUUUUAGCAGCAAAAGUUGAAGAACAACCACGUAAAUUAGAACAUGUGAUCAAAGUAGCACAUUUAUGUUUACAUAAGGAGGCUGAAAGUACAACACCAGCAACGCCUGAUGUUAAAUCUGAACAAUAUGCACAAGCAGCACAUGAAUUGGUCUUCAAUGAGAAUGUCUUGUUACAAACACUUGGAUUCGAUGUUGCCAUUGAUCAUCCACAUACGCAUGUGGUCCGAUGCUGUCACUUAGUUAAAGCUUCAAAGGAUCUCGCUCAAACAUCAUAUUUUUUGGCCUCAAAUAGUCUACAUUUAACGACAAUGUGCUUACAAUAUAAGCCAACCGUAGUAGCCUGUUUUUGUAUACAUUUAGCAUGUAAAUGGUCAAAUUGGGAGAUUCCGCCAUCAAGUGAGGGCAAACCAUGGUUCACGUAUGUAGAUGAAAGUGUCACAACGGAAAUGUUGGAUGAACUAACCAAAGAAUUUAUCAGUAUUUAUAAUAAAUGUCCUUCCCGAUUAAAGAAGAAAAUACAAAGUAUGUCAGCAAGUUUAGGUCAAUCAUCGGGUAGUCAAUCAUCGAGCAGUCAAGGUGGCGGAAGCAGUUCAAAUUCACAGCCAGUUAAUUGUAAUUCACCAAUGACUGCAGAUAACAAAAAAUUACAGCCUCAACAUAAAGAUCAAAGCUACCAUCAAAAGGCUCAUCACAAUCAAAUGAAACCAGGUAUUGUACAUCCACAUCGGCCGCCACACGAUCCAAAUCUCAACUACAAUGAAUACAAAGAAAAGAAAGAACGUGAACGUCAAAGUAUGGGAGCACCUGGUGGUUCAUCCUCUCAUAGUUCCUCUUCAAUGCCUGGUUCACAUCAUAAACAACUUCCACCGGGUAGCACAUCAUCAAAUAGCAUACCUCAAAAUCAUAAACAUGGAGGAAUGCCACCAUCUGGUACAUCAUCUUCAUCAAUACCUCCACAAAACCGAAACCCACAUCAUCGAAGUAGUAACAGUAAUGUUGAUCCAAAAUUAAAAAUGCAUCAACAAAUGCAUCCACAGCAUUCAAAUCGACCUGGGAGUCAAUCAUCAUCCUCUCAUCCUAGAAUGCCACCAAUGGAUCAAUUACAUCGUGAUCAAAAUCAACAUAUGCGAAACUCUACGAAUGAUUCGUCAUCAAGUAGAGAGCAUUAUCGAUUACAACAAAUGAGUCGUGAUAUAACUGCACCACGUGAACAACCUCCACCCCAAGUCCCUCCAACAUCAUCGUCGAGUGGGCCUAGUGCUCCACCUUCAUCAGGUAACAUAACAAGUGAACGUGAAUUAAUGAAAGAGCAACAAAUGCGUGAACGACAUCAAGCUGGCGGUAACGCAUUACAAUUCAUUGAAAAUUUAUCAAAAGACAGUUUAUUACGUGAAGUGAUGGAUCGAUCCACACCUCAACCGACAAACAAUCGACCUGAAAAACAUAGACCUGACUUAUUUAAAGACCUUUUCAAAGAUAGCAAUAAUAGUGUUAAUAAUAGUGAUAUUAGUGACAAACAAAAAUAUGAACUAAAUAAAAAAUUAAGUGGUACCCCAAUGGUUGUAAAUAAUGUUAAACAUGAUUCUUCAUCCUCAUCUUCUUCUAGACAUAAUCGAAAUGAUAUUAAAUCAGCACAUAAACAACCUCCACCACCCAUUCAACAACAACCAUCUUUAUACAACAACAACGAUCAAAAUAAAAAUAAAUCAACUACGCUGAAUGUUGAUAAAAAGUAUCCACCAGGUGGUAAUGGUGGUAAUGUAACUUCCAUACAGCAACAAAGACCGAAACAACCGCCUUAUACGUCAAAUACCUCAACACCAUCAACCGAUUCGAAAUUAUCAACAUCAAGUCCGGGUAUACAACAAACGAAUGAUUACCAUCGUAAUGGAAAUCAUGAAGAAGCUCCUCCUAAACCAAUAUUAGCAACACCUCCACUAGCAACAACUUCUUCUACCACAACAACAUCAUCAUCGUCCUAUAAACAAAAAUCAAUAUUUUCACCAGAAAAAGAUUCACCGAAAACACCUGUGAAAAAAUUAAAAACUGGUAAAACGCCGCCUGGGUCUAGUGGUAAGAAAUAUGAUACAGUUCUAAAUGAUAGUAUGGUACCACCAGCGCUAUCACCAUUUGGUUCUCCACCACCAGUUGCAACAACCCCAAGCACACCAAGUAGUGCUGCAAAGAAUCGUAAUCGAACCUCAAGUUCUAGUUCUGAACCAGAACUAAUGGUUGUACUCAAUAAAUUAGAAUACGAUAAAUAUUUAACGAAAGAAAAGGAUAGUAAGAUUAAGAAAGAGGAAUUGGAACAUGAUAAAUAUUUAACAAAGGAAAAAGAAAUUAAAAUUAAAAAGGAAGAAUUAGAUUAUGAUAAACGAAAAGAAAUAAAGAAAGAGGAAAGCGUUGUGCCAAAAGAAAUGAAAACCAAAGAAGAAAAUUCUGUUCAAGCAGUUAAUGGUAUUGAAACAGAUCCAACCGUUAUUAGUAAUUUAUUAAAGGAAGUUGUUACACCUCCUAUAAAUCAUUUAGAUGUUAAAAAAGAAGAGGAGGUAGUGAUACCCUCACAAAUAGUAAACGAAUUAAUUCCUCAAGAAAGUAAGAAAAGCGAUCAUCAUAAAUCUGAUAAAAAGAAGAAAAAGGAUAAACAUAAACAUAAGGAUCGUAAUCGUGAGGAUAAAGAGAAAAAGAAAAAACAUAAAGAUAAAGAUCGUGAUCGAUCAAAGAAAGAAUCAUCUGAACCAACAACACCUGUUGCUCCGCUAAAAAUAACAAUACCGAAAGAUAAAAUUACUCCAGAAGGUGGUUCUGGUUUAAAAAUAAAAAUACCAAAAGAUCGAAUCAAAACUGAUACAAUAUCAUCGAAUUCAAAUCAAAUGGGUGGACUUAAAAUAAAAAUAUCCAAAGAUAAAAUUGUUGAGAAUAGUGGAAAUGAUGCAGGUGGUGGAAGUAGUAAUUCUGGUGUUGCUAACAGUAAUCGAAAACGUGAUCAUCGUGAUAGUGGGGCUAGUGAACAUGGUGCACCGCCAACGAAAAUAUCAAAAUCAUCGUCAAGUAAUAGUGGAAAUUAUCGUACAUCAUCCUCAUCAGAAAGUUCACGGCAAAAUGGACGAAGUUCAUAUAACAAUAAACAACAGGUCUCGCUCGGUGGUGAGGGUGGUCAGGUGGGGGGCGUGGCCGUAGGCGUCUUGCAGCAGCAAGCGCAGUGGAGCACGCAAGUCAAGUUGGCCGAAUCUAAAUAUCACAGCAAAGUACCCGGUAGCAACAAACAGCCCCCAACAUAGCAUUCAUAAGAUAUAAAAAGAAAAUAAUUUAUUUAAAAAAAGAAAAAAAUUAAAUUAAAAUUUAAAAAAAAUUAAAUUACACAGUAAUUAUAAUUGUAUUAAGUAUUUAUUUAAAAAGAAUACAUAUAUAUUUAAAAAUAUAUAUUAAAAAUCCUACUGGAACACUCGGUACUGGAAGCAGAGAAUCAAUCAUACCGAACGUUUUUGUUGUUGUAAAUAGUUUAAAAUACUCAGGUGAUCUCAUCCUUAAGCUACACACUACUUAUCAUGUAAUAGGACCCAAUCAUAUUAGAUUUUAACUGCGAACAAAUUUCUAGCUAGCCAUAUUUUACACAAAUAUCUUCGCUUGGGUGUUUUAAUAAAUAGGUAAAAUUCCCCAUCGAUAUUAUAAGAUAUUUACAAUCAAAGGUCUCAAAAAACUCCUCUUUUCACCUUGAUAAUCACACUUACAGCGACUCGGAAGACAAUGAGGGUUAUUAUAAAAAUUGUAGGUAAUUGAAUUUUCUAUAAAAUAAAUCCUUCAAUUUUUUCGAUCACACCAGUAGUUAUAUUACGUAGAAAUUAUUUUACCAUACAAAAUAAGAAUUUCACAAUUCAAAAAAUGUCAAGCGGUAAAACUUUGAAUUCAACUUCAUUAAGCACCAGCAGUCUGCCCAGACUUCUUCAAACUUCUUUAUACGACUUCAUAACAGCUUACUGAGUUUCAACUUUAAAAAAUUAAAUUUAUCGAAAUGGCUGCCAUUAAAAAAAAUUUUCUCAUUACUAACAUUUUUUAAAUUGAUGGUUUUUCAUGCUUUGUUUCUUCUAUGUAUUAAUUAUUUACUUUUAACUCCAAAAUUUUGUUACAUGACUAUUGAUAAGUGCUAAAAUUCCUAUGCGACCCUCAAUUAAACCAAACAAAGUCAUUUAAAAAAGAUUUAUUCUCUAUUUCAAAACUCUUAAAUCGGUCAAAAUAGCGAAUGUGUUAAAUUUUUUGAAAGAUUGAAUCACUGAUCAAUUAACGAAUAUGACUUCGCUGUUUGACUACUCAACAUUAUUUUUGAACUUCUAGUACGAAGAAAAAUGUGAAGGAUCUCUUUGUAGAGAGUUUUAUGGCCUACAAUUUGUAUAACCCUCGUUAUCUGUAUCACAGAAAGCGAGAUAAACAGGAAAAAAGAUAGUUAUUGAAAUAAAUAUCUCGAUACACGAAAUAAAAUUGAAUAACACUUAAAGGAGUUUUUUUUAUCUUUGUCCGUUAAUAUCAAAAUAAGUUUGACACGAUGUCGAUUAAAACUUUUUAACCUUUCUUAAAACACUUAUGCAAAGGUGCCUGUACAAAAUUCGGCAAACUGGAAUUUUUCUCGCAGAUUGGUUUUUUAUAUAUCUAAAAUGAGUGGGCUAAUAAUGUUUUUUGCUUGAUACAUAGAUUAAGCCAACUUUUGAACAGAUGGGCUUCAUAUUUUUAUAAUUGUUUUAUUUUUUUCUUUGAGAGCAUUUUGUACGCGUGGAAUGUAUUAAUUAUUUGAAUCGCAUAUCAUUUUAUUUCGACGUAAUUAUGCUCUUAUUUUUGGGAGACAUCAUUU